UUCAAUGAGAUAGGAACAUUUCCCAUGGGUACCUGAAUGUAGCAUCCUUUCCCUGGCUGGACAUGAAGCUGUUUAGCAAAAGUGAUCGGUCUUGCUUUGCGCUUGUUCAAAACAAUGUGAGCAUUUAGCACUUCUGCGGAGGAGAAGGAAUUAUUUUGUAUUAACAAUCUGCAAUAUGUUGGAUAUCUAAUCCUGGAUUAUGAUUGUGUCUACCUCACCUCAAUUUCGCCCUAACUUUUGACUCGUUAGCUUGAAAAUAGCAUGCGUGGAAAUUGGAUUGUCCCACACCGAAAUCGCCUUGAUGUGCUUAAAACGACUUGACGGUGCAUUCACGGACUCGUCGGGAGAGUAGUAGACUCUUGGGUGGUUGUUUGUUUUUAUGUGACAUUUUCCGUGGGCCAUGGCAAGCAAUUUGGCGGCCAAACUGGGAUGGAACUCUCUGGUAAGGAAACAAAACAGGAGCUUCAACGUCAGGAUCUGCACCAUGGAGUCGGACAUGGAAUUCAGCUGCGAGACGAAGUGGAAGGGGAAGGAGCUGUUGGAGCUGGUGUGCAGAACGCUGGGGCUGAGGGAGACCUGGUUCUUCGGCCUCAGGUACCACGUCAAGGACACCGUCGCCUGGCUCAAGAUGGACAAAAAGGUGCUGGAUCAGGAAGUCCCCACGGAGGAGCCCAUCACACUGCACUUCCUGGCUAAGUUCUACCCGGAGAAUGUCGAAGAGGAGUUGGUGCAGGACAUCACGCAGCAUCUCUUCUUCCUGCAGGUGAAGAAGAAGAUCCUGGAGGAGGAGAUCCACUGUCCUCCCGAAGCCUCGGUGCUGUUGGCCUCCUACGCCGUACAUGCCAAGUACGGCGACUACAACUCGAACGUUCACAAGCCUGGCUUUUUAUCUCGGGAGGAGCUGCUGCCUAAAAGGGUCAUCAAUUUGUAUCAAAUGACCGCAGAAAUGUGGGAGGAGAGGAUCGCCGCGUGCUACGCCGAGCACAGGGGGCGCACGAGGGAAGAAGCCGAGAUGGAGUAUCUGAAGAUCGCUCAGGACCUGGACAUGUACGGCGUCAAUUAUUUCUCCAUCCGGAAUAAAAAGGGAACGGAUCUUUUGCUGGGCGUGGACGCCCUGGGCCUGCACAUCUACGAGCCGGACAACAGGCUGACACCCAAGUGUUCCUUCCCCUGGAACGAGAUCCGCAACAUCUCGUACAGCGACAAAGAGUUUACCAUCAAACCCCUGGACAAGAAAGCCAAAGUCUUCAAAUUCAACUCGCCACGGUUGAGAGUCAACAAAUUGAUCCUGCAGCUGUGCGUGGGCAGCCACGACUUGUUCAUGCGCAGACGACGUGUGGACUCCCUGGAGGUGCAGCAGAUGAAGGCCCAGGCCAGGGAGGAGAGAGCCCGCAGGCAGGUGGAGAGACAGCUGUUGAACCAGGAGAAGCAGAGACGCGAGGAAGCGGAACGCAUGCGAGACGAGCUGGAGCGACGGCUCCUUCGGCUGCAAGACGAAGCGCGAAUGGCCAACGAGGCCCUGUUGCGCUCGGAGCAGACGGCGGAUCUCCUGGCCGAGAAGGCCCAGAUCGCCGAGGAGGAGGCCAAGCUGCUGGCCCAGAAGGCGGCCGAGGCGGAGGCGGAAAUGAAGCGCAUCAAGGCCACAGCCAUGCGGGGUCACGAGGAGAGGAGGCUCAUGGAACACAAAAUGCUGGAGGCCGACAGGAUGGCCCUCAAGAUGGCAGACCAGUCCCAACGCAGGGCCAAGGAGGCAGAGCAGCUGAAGCAGGACCUGCUGGAAGCCAGGCAGUCCGAGCACAGGGCCAAGCACAAACUCCUGGAGAUCACCAGCAGGGUGUACAUGUACCCCACGCCGCCGAUGGACUGCAUGCUUCCCGAGCUGAGCUUCAGCAAGGAGAACGUGAGCUUUGACUUUAAAGACACGGACAUGAAACGACUCUCCCUGGAGAUCGAGAAAGAGAAGGUGGAGUACAUGGAGAAGAGCAAACACCUCCAGGAGCAGCUGAAUGAGCUGAAGACGGAGAUCGAGAGCCUGAAGUUGAAGGAGCGCCAGACCCCGCUGGACGUGGUCCACGACCACAACGCCGAGCGGGGAACUAGCAAGCACAGCAACCUAAAGAAGUUGACACUACAGAGCACCAAGUCCCGAGUUGCCUUUUUUGAGGAACUCUAAGCAAGUCUUCUCCAGUCCCAUCUACACCAAACAUGGACAACCCAGACCACUACUGCGGCAUCUUCGGGGGCCUUUUUCAGGAAAUUGUUUUCUCCAAAAACUUUUGCCGCGUUCAAUCAUGGCUGCUUGCCUGCAUCUGGCUAAGUCAAUCAUUUUUUUAGGACAACGAACUAACUACCGUCAUUUCUCCAGAAUAGCACACACUCAAAUAUUAUAUGCACACUGAAAAUCUACAGUGUAAAACCAAUGUCAAUUCUUCCAAAUAUGCUCAAACGCACGUUUUCCCUUUUUCAAAUAAACUCCCAGGUCUCUA